AGCUAGCUCUCAAAGGCAAGUCGUCGUGUUGGAAGUUGAACCAGGCCUUCUCGCUCUGUUCCUUAUCCGUUUCCUCAUCCCACCGCCUCUCACGUUCGCCCAGGCGCUCUCUCUGUCUCUCGUGGAGGAAGAAGAACAGAGGAUGAAGUUUUAGGAAACACCAUCUUAUCUUGCUUCUCCUCAUAUCAUCUCCUGUAUUCAGUAACAAAAGAAGAAAAGAAGGGAGAGAGAGAGAGGAGGAGGAGGAGAGGAGAGUCGUGGGGAUGGCGUGCCUGGUGCCACAGUUCAAGUGCCCCUCUAUUUCCCCCGAAGCCCAUUUCAGAUCAGUCUCCCACCUCCCCUCACUUAACUCAAAGGCUAGAGAUUCUGUUUGUUUUCGAAGUCAAUGUGUUUCGACACAGACUGCAGCUGUGAUUGACAUUCAGCGUAUACCUUCUUUGGAAGCUCGUUCGAACUCCUUGGAUGAUACAAGACCCUUGACAUAUGUAGGAUCCGUUGGUCCACCAAUGAAGACCGGUAUUGAAGCAACCCUAGCCACAGAAACACUUCUCACAGGUGAAGAGGCAGUUGUAGCCGCAGCUGCUGCAGAGGCAGUUGCCCUUGCUAGAGCAGCAGUUGAAGUUGCCAAAGAUGCGGCUCAGAUUAUCAGAAAUGACCCAUCUGUAAAAUUGGAAAAGUCAGAGGAUUUUUCAUCUGAAGCUGAUGCCUUCUGGCUCGAGAGGGUCAGACAUAAUGAAAUGGGAUUGAUUCGCACCACCCACCAUUCUACUCCAACUGAUACUGAGCCCCAUGAGGCCAAAGAUCCAUCUCAAGACAUAGAUGUUUCCAAUUUAACAAAUAAUGAACUUCAGUCCCAACAAAUGCAGUACCCUGAAAGCAUAGCUGUGAGAUCUGGACGUCAAACUGAGAGAAAAGCUAGAAGAGCAAGGGCAGAAGAGAAGGCUGCUGUUAGCGUUAUCCCUAUCAAGUCUGGAUCAAGUAGCAAGAAAAAGCGCUCAGCUUUUCAGGAGAUUGAUUAUUCAGAUCCUUUGCAUUACUUGAGGGGUACGACAAGCACAUCAAAGCUUCUCACAGCUGCUGAAGAGCUAGAGUUGUCCAAAGGAAUUCAAGACCUGUUAAAGCUGGAAAAACUCCGAGAGGAGCUUGCAGAACGACAUGGUGGCCAACCAACCUUUGCUCAAUGGGCAGCAGCAGCUGGAGUUGAUCAAAGGACACUAAGGAAGCGGUUAAAUUAUGGAGGAUUUUGCAAGGACAAAAUGAUCAAAAGUAACAUACGACUUGUUAUAUCUAUUGCAAAAAACUAUCAGGGUGCAGGAAUGAACCUUCAGGAUCUUGUUCAGGAAGGAUGUCGUGGCCUAGUAAAGGGUGCUGAAAGGUUUGAUGCUUUGAAGGGGUUUAAGUUUUCCACAUAUGCACAUUGGUGGAUCAAACAAGCAGUUCGCAGAUCUCUUUCAGAACAAUCUAGGACAAUUCGCUUGCCAAUCCACAUGGUUGAAGCUACUUAUCGGGUACGGGAGGCUAAAAAGCAGCUUUACAGUGAGAAUGGAAGGCAUCCUGAUUAUGAAGAAGUUGCAGAGGCAACAGGGCUGUCAAUGAAGAGGCUUAAUGCGGUUAUGCUAACCCCUAAAGCCCCAAGAUCUUUAGACCAGAAGAUUGGUAUCAACCAAAGCCUAAAGCCUUCGGAAGUUAUAGCAGAUCCCAAGGCUGAAACAUCGGAAGAAAUACUCAUAAAGCAAUUUAUGAAGCAGGAUCUGAAUAAGGUACUGGAUACUCUAAAUCCAAGGGAAAAGCAAGUGGUCAGAUGGAGGUUCGGGCUGGAGGAUGGGAUGACAAAGACACUGCAAGAAAUUGGAGAGUUGAUGGGUGUGAGCAGAGAAAGGAUUCGACAGAUUGAAUCGAGUGCCUUUAGAAAAUUGAAGAGCAAGAAGAGGACAAGGCAUUUGCAGCAGUAUGUAAUCUCGUAAGGUUUCAUUCAGCCCCCAAAUUCUCAGCUGCCUGGUUCUUUUCUUUUCAACCAGCAAUCGGGAUUUACAUAUUCCAUUCCUCCUUAUUUUGUAUGUCUAAUAUUUGGUAGAUUUCAAACAUGAAGAAUCUGUUGUUCAGAGAACUGUAAUUCUUUUAAGAAAUUUCAAGAAUUAAUAGUGAUUCACCCAAUUUCGAAAGUCAAAA